AUGGCGCCUCUACGUCUAAGGAUUGAAGGACAAUCCUUUCGGGACCCUCAUAGCCGGGAGAUCACGCUAAGGGGUAUCAACGUCGCGGGCGAUGCGAAAUACCCGAAGACACCCGAUAUCCCGACAUACAUCUCCGAUAACUUCUUCGAUGGAGACAAUGUAUCCUUUAUUGGGCGACCAUUCUCACUGAAAGAUGCCCAUAUACAUUUUAAACGCCUCCGGAAAUGGGGUUAUAACACUAUCAGGUACAUCUUUACCUGGGAAGCGAUUGAGCAUGCAGGACCUGGCAUUUACGACCAUGAGUGGGUGGAAUUCACGAUAGAAGUUCUCCGACUAGCCAAACAAUAUGACUUCUGGGUCUUCAUGGACCCGCAUCAGGAUGUGUGGUCUAGGUUCUCAGGAGGAUCUGGGGCCCCGAUGUGGACGCUUUAUGCGGCGGGACUAAACCCUAAGACAUUCAAAAUCACAGAAGCUGCCUUGGUUCAGAAUACAUAUGACAGUCCCGCAGAGUUUCCUAAGAUGAUCUGGAGCACCAACUACACUAGGCUGGUCUGCCAAACCAUAUUUACCUUAUUUUGGGCAGGGCGAGACUUUGCUCCCAAAGCAGUCAUUGAUGGGAUGAACAUUCAAGAUUAUCUCCAAGGUCAUUUCAUUCGUGCGUGUGCAUACCUGGCUCGGAAAAUCCACGAAGCAGGUGAUCUCAACGGAGAAGUGGUUAUCGGUUGGGAAAGCAUGAACGAGCCUCACCGUGGUAUCAUUGGUGUGCAAGACAUCUCCGUGAUUCCGGCAGAGCAACAACUUCAACUGGGAACCUCGCCAACAGCAUUUCAAGCCAUGCUUACUGGGUCAGGAAAAGCCUGUGAGCAGACGACAUGGGCUUUCGGAAACUUUGGUCCUUACAAAACUGGCACAAACCUCGUGGAUCCCGCAGGUGAGAUAGCCUGGCUGCCGGCCGAUCACGAUGAUAGCAAGUAUGGCUGGCAACGUGGUCCUGGGUGGAAACUUGGGGAGUGCAUCUGGGCUCAGCAUGGCGUUUGGGACCCGUCCACCGACACGCUCAUACAGAAGGAUUAUUUCUCAAAGAAUCCUCAAACUGGCGAGCCACUCGACUAUGAGAAAUUUACCAACUCAUACUUCAUGGAUCAUUACCGGUCCUUCAAGGACGCCAUUAGAGAGUCUUUCCCUGACGCGAUAAUGUUCUGCCAGCCGCCUGUGAUGGAAGUUCCACCAGAUGUCAAGGGCACUAGUGAUGAUGAUCCAAAUAUGGUCCAUGCAGUUCAUUACUAUGAUGGGUUGACUCUUUUAACAAAACAUUGGAACCGACUCUACAAUGUAGAUGUCAUUGGCGUUCUUCGGGGCAAGUACCUCACGCCGGCCUUUGCGGUCAAGAUUGGCGAGUCCGCUAUCCGCAAUUGUUUGCGUGACCAGCUCAAAUUCCUUCGCGAGGAAAGUCGAAGUUACAUGGGCAAUCACCCAGUAGUAUUCACGGAAAUUGGGAUCCCCUAUGACAUGGACGACAAAUACGCGUACAAGACGGGUGACUAUGGUAGCCAGACUAGCGCUAUGGACGCAAAUCAUUUUGCAUUGGAGGGAAGCACAGCCAACGGUUUUACUCUAUGGGUCUAUGCCACACAGGUAGAUAUCCUUAAUCCCUCGAUUAUGAAUAUUACUGACUUGGUGCAGAAUGACCACGAAUGGGGAGACCAAUGGAAUGGCGAGGAUCUGUCUAUCUAUUCCCCUGACGACCUAGAACUGCCGGCAGGAAGCACCACUCGCACUAACAAUCCCCAUUCUCCGGCCUAUUCCGAAAGCCAGAAUAGUGGAGAUGAGGCCGCUGUUGGACCCAGUAACCUCAAAGGUGCUUUGGUAACUCCAUCGAUCUCCAGCGACCGAUCCCAGCAAUCUGUCCAACAGAAGCAAGGUUAUCGCGCCGCCGAAGCAUACCUUCGCCCCAGCCCAACCUUUGUGAGCGGGAAAUUGGAAACCCACGCUUUUGAUCUCAAGAACUGUGUGUUUACUCUGUCAUUGACGGCCAAAGGGCCUACCACCACGGCCGCCCCAACCGAAAUAUAUCUGCCAGAGUUCCAUUUCCCGGAGACCAGCAUAGUUGUUGCAGUCAGCGGCGGCAAAUGGGACAUUAAUGUCCACGAGAUCCAGGGAAUCAAGCUGCAGCACUUGCGAUGGUGGCAUGGGGAGGGGGAACAGAAUAUCAAGAUCGAAGGGUUGAAGCGUAAGCCUGAAGAAUUUUCCAAUCCUGGGGGCGAAGAUGUCAGCUACCUGGAACAAUGCCAGCAAGGUCAAUGUGUCAUGAUGUGA